AUGGACCAUGUCCUUGCGCCGUCCAUGACGACGUCAGACUUGCAGAAUGAUGAUCUGGCUCCAUGUUGUAUCCUCCAUCCCGAAGAUACCCUUCUGGCGUUACUACACGGACUUGACGACAUCGUCGUCUUGUCGUUGUCUCCAACCACGCUCGAUGCUGCUCCAGCAACCAUAGACGCCCUGCCAUCUAUCGCCGACGUUAUCCUAGGCUGGAUACCGAUCUUCUUUGAUGGGGGCGUGAGGAAAGGGCUUGACGUGUUUCGAGCGUUGGUUCUGGGUGCUGAUAUUGUCUUGCUCGGGCGUGCCGUCCUCUGGGGCUUGGCAGCCAAGGGCGAAAUUGGUGUAGGCCUCGCCCUAGAUAUCAUCACCGAAGAGUUCAAACUCCUCAUGGCGCUCGCGGGCGUGACGGACGUCUCACAGAUGAGAAGAUCCACUCUGGCGUUGGUCAACCCUUCUCAGAUUGGGUUGGACAGGGUGGAAGAUGCAGAGUGGGAAGAUAGGCGGGUAUGGUGA